CAGGGUUGACAGUAAUGACAUUACUUCAAAUAGUUUUAAUAUUAUCAAUAAUUGCAAAUUUUUCAGAAUCCUGUGGUGUAAAAACCUUAAAUGGACCAGAAGGUCAAAUAAAAUACAAUUCUCCAGAUUCGGAGCAAAAAAAUUGUACUUGGAUGAUCUUACCGUUACCGAAUACGAUCACAACUUUAAGACUUUUGGAUUUAAAUCUUGAUGAAUGUUUGACUAAAGACCGAUGUUGUUUGACUUUAACAAGUAAUGAAGAUAUUUUAUUCGCUUUAUGCAAUUCCGAGUUGAAUCAACCUGUAGUAAUUACUUCAAGAAACAAUAAUAUAACUUUAGCUGUAGAAUCUCUAGGAAUUUAUCUUAAAAUAUGGAUAACUUUUACCAGUAGAAAUAAUCAAGAAUGUUCUAAUUUUGAAUACCAAUGUUUAGAUAAAAGCGGUUGUUACAAUUCUACACAUUUGUGCACAGAGGAUAUCAUUUGUAUUGAUCAUUCGGAUUAUCUAGGUUGCAGUCCAUGUAGAUCUACGACUACAGUUUGUAAUAGGUAUUCAAAUGAAUGUUACGAUCCCACGAAACGUUGUGAUGGUAUUUUGGACUGUACUUCAGGUGAAGACGAGCUGAACUGUAGUACCUUGUGCCCGCGGCUUAUCAAGUGUCCUUUAGAAAACAAGUGUUUUAAUUUAUCUCAAAUUUGUGACUUUACUUAUGAUUGUUUAGACGGUUUUGAUGAGAAAGAUUGUUCGCAAAAAGAUCUUGGCUUGAAAAGCCUUGCAUUUACAGCCAUGUUUCUUUUAUGUUCAAUUGGUUGUACUUUAUUUGUUUGUAUGAUAUUUCGAUGGAUAAUUUUAAAAAGGGAUAUGGAUAGAUUUUUACAAAACAGUCCUGAAUUUCCUUUACAACCAUUCGAAGGACCAGGUGCUCCCAAUUCGGAAUCUAGACCAGACGAAUCAUUAGAUUCUGAAUUUAGACAAGGAGGUGAGAUCUUUGAACAUUACAUGGUAGCAAUAAGAAGAAAAGAAAGACGUGACAGGUUCAUACAGGCAGGAACCGGUAUUGUUCCUAAAUAUUCGCAUCUAGACCUCGACGGAGAUAAUGAACUUAUAGUACUAGCUUCAUUAAACGUACCUACAGACAUGUGUAUAGGUUUAAACAUAUCAGAUUCAUCCAGGGAUACCCUAUUAGCAAUGUCGGAUCGAGCUUCAACACCCUCAUCUUGCGGUGACUAUUCUGAAACUUAUUCCCAAAGAGUGAAUUCGAAAUUUUUGAAUGUUCGUCAAGCAUAUGGAGCUUCAGUUUCAAUGCCCAGCACAAGUAUAGGCUGUGGAGAUAUGUUGCCGACGAAAGAAGCAAAUUUUCAAGCUAGAAGGCGAAGACGGUCAAAAUCUUCUAGUUACAGUGGGACAAGUGCGGAUCGCGAAGUUAGAAAAUGUACUACAACCGUUAUUAUAGAAAAAGAUGGUGUUACCAAAAAGUAUUCAGCACCAAUCAAAAGGGUAGCUUGGCUCUCUCCACCAAGACAAAUGUGUUGUUCUGAUGAACUACAUGAAGUUAAAGUUGAGGAACCGGUAGCCAGGGAUAGUGCAAUGUGGGUUGAUGUUGAAGAUCUACAAUUCAGACACACAAAUAGAAGGUUAUUGCCACGUAGUCAAAGAACCCUUAAAAAUCCUAGAACUAAAACUCCUAGAAGCUCUAAAACUUCCAGAACUCCUAGGACCCCUAAAACUCCUACUAGUAGGAAAAGAUUUGGCUAUUUGUGUGGUAGUAAAGUGAGCAAAAAAAAUAACAGUUGGUUUUAAGUAUAAUUUAAAUAACUAUAUUCUAUAAAAAAAUAUUGUUAAUGUUUUUAUUGUAACAAAAAGUUAAUAUUGGUUGUCAUGAAUCUUUAAAUCACUUACCUUUUCUAAUCUAGAUUUGUGUUA